AUGGCUGACGUCGACGAAUCCGGCGCCGGUGCGCCCGUGAACGAACCUCUCGAUCUCGUGCGCCUUUCCCUGGAUGAGAUUGUGUUUGUGAAGCUACGAGGCGAUCGCGAGCUCAAGGGUCGCCUGCAUGCAUAUGACAGCCAUUGCAACCUUGUCCUUGGUGACGUUGAGGAGAUCAUAUAUGUGGUUGAGGAAGAUGCAAAUGAGGAGGAGGUCGUGAGGACGGUCAAGAAGCAGUCAGAAAUGCUGUUCGUAAGAGGUGACUCGGUAGUCCUCAUCUCGCCGCAGGCAGCCGCAUAA